GCUCUCCAACCUGCGAUUUGCUGGACUUUGAUCUCCUGCGCAAUAUUUUUUUUUUUUACGUAAAGCCUUUGAACUUUGGUUGGAUCCAGACUCCGUCCAGUAUUUUUCAUGCCUGGCGUCUUUUUACGUAAGACCGUUCUGAGAAUACGAAACGUAACGGCGUAACGUCAGAAGAGGAGAGAGACUCCCCAAACGACCAGGCAAGGGGUUUUGUGGGUCAUGGAGGAGGAACGUAAAUAAAAAGAGAAGCGCUAAAAACACACAGCGGCGUGUUUCAGACGGUUACCGCGGGAGUUAACAGCCUGGAUGCGGCAACUUUUGUCGUAAAACGGUUAUAAAAUCAUACGGAAACAGACCGGAGAGGAGGGACUGUCGGGUCGGCUACAGCAGCAGCUGUCGGCGUUCUCAGGUGGUCUGAUUGGGGUUGCCUUGUCCUUGUGUUGCCAUGGCGAUGCGGGAGUUGGUAGAGGCAGAAUGUGGGGGAGCCAAUCCCCUCAUGAAGUUGACCAGUCACAUGACCAAGGAAGGGGGGGCAUGGCGGCACCGCUCAACACCUACAAUCGCCCCGUCUCCCAUUGAAAUUGCAACUGAGGAAGAGCUGGUGAAUGAGUUCCUUCAGGCGCCCCCACGACCCCCACACACAUUUGACAUGGGUCAGCUGUUGGAGGAAAUGCAGCAGAUCGACCAGCAGAGCUACAGACAGGCUCCACAGAGGGCUCCAGAUGUGGCAGCAUUGGCUCUCUCUGGUGACUGGGCGGCAGAGUUCGUCUCGGGUCCUGACUCUGCCUCCACGCCGGGACUCAUCGCUCUUGGUGAUGCUGCAGAUGCUGAUUGGACGAGGGAGUUUAUCGCUGAGGCUGCAGAUCCUGGUCGCUGGGCGGAGGAGUAUCUGGAGCAGUCGGAGGAGAAGUUGUGGCUGGGAGACUUGGGAGACAAGGAGAAUGAGUGGACAAAAGAGUAUCAACCAGCAGAGGAGCUGAGGGAGACAGCCAAUGAGCUCGUCUCAAAGGUUGAAGACCCCAAGUUACAGAACACAGAGUUCCUGCGGUUCAUUAGGCAAAUUGGCGAGGGCAGUGUCACAGUGGAGAGCAGAACAGACAAACAGCUCACAGAUAAAGCUCAGGCCGAGGAGGCUCAGAACUGGGCCUCCAACCUCAACCAGUUCCUGACAGAGACAGGGGGAGGGAGUCUUCCCUUGGAACCGGCAGAGAAGAAUCAGAAGAUUGAGAAAACUAAAGCUAAACAGGCAGAGCAGUGGGCCAAGGUCGUCAGGCAGGUGUCGGAGGAGUCGGCUGAAGCCUGGGUCGACCAGUUCACCACAUCAGGACCGGAUUUCCAACAAGCCAAAGCUGCAGUGGAGAGCGAUGUGGAUUUCUGGGAGAAGCUGCAGCAGGAGUGGGAGGAGAUGGCUAAGAGGGAUGCAGAGAGCCAUCCCUGGCUGUCUGACUUCGAUCAGCUACUCAGCACUUCUUAUGACAAGGGGUACCAGUUUGAAGAGGACAACCCCUACAUGUCCCACCCGGACCCUUUGUCAGAGGGAGUAAAGAGGAUGGAGGCCGGGGACAUACCGGGCGCCGUUCGGUUCUUUGAAAGUGCUGUACAGAGAGAACCAGAGAACCAACUGGCUUGGCAAUAUCUGGGAACUUGCCAGGCAGAAAACGAGCAGGAAUUCGCUGCCAUCAGCGCCCUCCGAAGAUGCAUAGAGCUGAAGAAUGACAACCUGACUGCGCUGAUGGCGUUGGCUGUCAGUUUCACCAACGAAUCGCUGCACAGGCAGGCCUGUGAGACUCUUUGUGAUUGGCUAAAACACAAUCCAAAAUACCGCUCUGUGUGGGAGCAGAAUGAACAUGAACGCCAGAAGGAGGGUGCCAGAGAAAGGGAGAAGGAGAGGGAGAGGUUCGGGUCUCUGCUGCCUGAAUCUUUGUUUACUGAUGUCCAGACCCUGUUCCUGCGUGCAGCAAACUCCGACCCCGCCCAGGUGGACCCUCAGCUGCAGUGUGGUCUGGGAGUUCUCUUCAACCUCAGCGGAGAGUACGACAAGGCGGUGGACUGUUUCACCGCCGCUCUCUCUGUCACACCACAGGACUACCUGCUGUGGAAUAAGUUGGGCGCCACGCUGGCGAAUGGAAGCCGCUCAGAGGAGGCAGUGGCCGCCUACAGGAGAGCCCUGGAACUGCAGCCAGGUUUCGUCCGCAGUCGCUACAACUUGGGAAUCAGCUGCGUUAACUUAGGAGCACACAGAGAGGCAGUGGAGCACUUCCUUGAAGCUCUGUCCCUACAGCGCCAGGCCGCCGGGGAUGGAGCGAGAGCUGCGAGGGGGCCUGGAGUUGCCGCAGCCACCGUGAUGUCUGACAACAUCUGGUCCACCCUGCGCAUGGCUCUCAGCAUGAUGGGAGAGAGCUCUCUGUACGCUGCUGCUGACCGCCGGGACUUGGACACGUUGCUGGCUCACUUCUGCCAGAGAGAGGUUGAGGGUGGGCCGGAAUGAAGACCAGCCAGGGGAGGGCUUAUUGAGUGUGAAUGUGGCUUGCUGGGAGGUAAAUGUCUGGGUGACUGAAUGAAGUGGAGGAUGCAAAGAACCGGGACAUGGUAACAAGUAACGGUUAGAAAGAAAUGGAGGAGGAAGACACUGUGAAUUAUCCACCAUCCUAGAGACAUCUCGUGCCCAUGUGCUCUUCAAUGACUUUUAUCAAAUAUUGCAGUAUUAGUCUCUACCUGGAAAGUAGCAGCCAGCAGUAAUACAGUCAUGUCACUGUAUCGUACAUGUUUGACAGUCUUCACAUUUCCUCCCGCUCUGUUGAUCUGGAGAACUGAGUUUAAUGAAAUAUCAAAAUUAUUCAUCUGAAAUUCAUGAAGAAAGUAAAUAAUGAAAAUGACUGAAUCCAUUCUGUAUUCAGUAACCAGAAAUGGUUGUGACAGUUUUUGUUAUGAAACUCAGCUCUCUCACAGCUUCUCUUAAAAACAGGUUAUAAGUUGAACUGUAAACUCACUACGGUUAUGUAGAUUUUAAGGUACAAUAUUGCUGUGAUAUUGAGAAGAGUACUGCUUUUUAUCAAAAGUGCUCCCGAGAGAAGGAUUAGUCCGUUCCAGAGUACAUACACUAGUCAGAAGUGCUACAGCGGCUUUUUGUUUUGUUUUGUUUUGUUUUUUUUAUACCUUAUUUAAUUUUUUCGUAAUCAAUUAUCAGCCUGGAUAAUGAACUGACAACCAGCGGGACUGUUACUGUUAUGAUGAGGUGUGUGUACACUAUGUGUGUGUUGGGGUGGGUUGGGGACAUUAAUCGUACAUCGGAGGAUAAGAUCAUAUAAUUGUAAUAUCAUUGAGAAAUAUCUGGACUCCUCUUGCUCUUUUUCAUAUCGCUCUUGUAAAACGAUUUGCUUCAUUGUAAAAUAAUGCUAUAUGCCAUAUUGUGUAUUGUAACAUAAUUGUUGCACUAUAAUUGUUUUCAGGCUAGUUAUAUCCUGACUGCAAUGUUUAAUAUAAUAUUCAGCAAUAAAGCUUUGAUUCCAAA